AUGGUAGUGUUAUCUCAGCCAGUUCUUGACAAUUUCUCCACCAUCAAAACAUGCAAAUUCCCCACCUCCAGCUUUUACUGUGGAAUUCCAGUGAUAGACCUAUUAGACCGUGAUGGCAAGACACAUAUAGUUAAGGCGUGCCAAGAGUUUGGAUUCUUCAAGCUUGUCAACCAUGGUGUUCCACUAGAGUUCAUAACGGGAUUAGAAGCUGAAGCUACCAAGUUUUUCAAUUUGUCACAGAUGGAGAAAGAAAAAGCUGGCAAGGCAAACCCUUUCGGCUAUGGAAACAAAAGAAUUGGCUCAAAUGGUGAUGUAGGAUGGGUUGAGUAUCUUCUCUUGAACACAAAUCCUGAUGACAUUCACCAGAAAAAGAUCACGAUACCUGGAGAUGCAGAAAAGUUUUGGUCUCUUGUAAAUGACUACAUGUCAGCUGUGAGAAAUUUGGCUUGUGAAGUUCUGGAAAUGAUAGCUGAUGGUUUGAAGAUAGAGCCAAGAUAUGCGUUAAGCAGGCUUGUAAGGGAUGAGAAAAGUGAUACUUUCUUCAGGCUAAACCACUAUCCGCCAUGUCCAGAACUUCAAGCAUUGUGUGGUCGAAAUUUGAUUGGUUUUGGGGAGCACACAGACCCACAAAUUAUUUCUGUUUUAAGAUCGAACAACACAUCAGGCCUGCAAAUCUCACUCAGAGACGGGACAUGGGUAUCAGUCCCUCCUGAUCAGUACUCCUUUUUCUUUAAUGUUGGUGACUCCUUGCAGGUGAUGACUAAUGGAAGAUUUAGGAGUGUAAGGCACAGAGUUGUGGCAGAUGGAGUAAAAUCUAGGGUGUCCAUGAUCUACCUUGGAGGGCCACUUUUGACUGAAAAGAUAGCACCUCUACCCUCACUAAUGGAACAAGGAGAAGAAAGUUUGUACAAGGAAUUCACAUGGAGUGAAUACAAGAAAUCGGCUUACAACACAAGGCUGGGGGACAAUAGGCUUGCAUUCUUUGAGAAAUCUGCUGGCCAAUGA